CAAAACAUUAUCGAUUUCUAGCAUGGCGUCCUGACAAUUAGCAAAUAUCGUUAAAUAAUAGCGGAAAUUACCACGUUUUUCUGAUCGAAUGCAUUCAAAAAGUUUCUGCGAACGCUUUAUUUUUUCGUUUACUCUAAUUAGUCUUAAGCUAAGAUAACGGGUGGUACAAAAACACUUAAAGUGUGUGUAAAGUAUGGUGCGUGGUGCCAGCAGAGGCGGACGUGGUAUGCCGGGGAGAGCUGGAAUGGGCCGCCCGCCCUUUAAUAGACCUCGCGUUUUAAUGCUGAGGCCGCCCUUCGACUUGAUCCUAGCUGAACCAUCCUUCCCCAGAUGCAAACCAGCGCCUGACGACUCAGCGUUAACACAAGCUCUCCUGAAGAGGCAUGCUGAGUUAUGUCCGACACCAGCAGAACAGUCUGCUGUACUCAGUCUUGUCACCAAACUGCAGACAGUAUUGGAUAACCUGGUUGUAGCUCCCGGGGACUUCGCAGCAUGUCAAUUGGAGGAGGUGAGACAAGUCGGCUCAUACAAGAAGGGGACGAUGAUGGCCGGCAAGAACUUGGCUGAUAUAGUUGUCAUAAUGAAAACACUACCCACCAAGGAAGCUGUAGAGGGCUUGUCUAAUAAGGUGAUGGAAGAAUUGAACAAGCUAAUGAGGGCCGAGGGCCUCGGGAACGUGACGAGCACCUGCCACGAGAGGGGCUUCACUGUCAGUACAGGGGCUGCAGGUGUUAGAGGCCUGGUCACAACGCUACACCAGAAUCUGAGGAAGCUGGAGCCAGAUGUGCACCUGGAUUAUAAGAUUAUAAGCAGUCACCUGGCGGCCAUACGACACAGCAGGUGGUUCGAAGAAAACGCCCAUCAUUCUUCCAUAAAGGUGUUGAUCAGACUUCUGCGGGAUAUGUGCGCGCGUCAUGCAGGUCUCGAGCCCCUCUCUCCGUGGAUGAUAGAUCUCCUCGCUCACCACUGCAUCAUGAACAAUCCGGCUAGACAGGCGCUCCCUAUAAAUGUGGCCUUUCGGCGCGCUCUCUCCUUACUGGCUGGGGGUCUGUUCCUGCCAGGAUGUGCUGGCCUCCCGGACCCAUGUGAGGCGGCCCACUCCAGAGCUCACACAGCGCUGGACCUAGCAGCCCAGGACCACGCUGCGGCCACAGCACAGACGCUGUUGCGAGUUGUGGCCCGAGGGGGUCAUCGUUACGUGCUGGGGCUGCAAGCGUUCGAGGGUGGUAAGGAUAUCAGUACUGAGAUCACCGUCUGGGAUGGAGUGGUGGUGUCACCACUGGCGCCCGCCUACCACGACACCCCUGAACCCAUGGAUACCGACGACAAGGCCGACGGGAGCUCGUUCUGUGAUGACGAGGAAGGCGUCCAGGACGGUGUUGCCGCUUGACACACAAAUAAAUAUAUAAUGUAAAGAUUAUUGCCAGUUUUAUUUAAAAAUAAAAAUUAUUAUGGUGUUUUUAA